AUGGAAGAACGUUGGGAUCGAGAAGGAGUCGAUGAGACCAAAGACAUAAACGAUCAAAAACGGUUUAAAGGUUGGAGAGCAACACUGUGUAAAGUGAGUCCUUUUCCAGGAGGAGCAUCACAGUGUGAAUCGUCAAGGAUGCUUGGAAAACCCCUUUCCACUGUAUCGUAA